AUGGGCUGCUUCAACAAAACAGAAGUUUUGGAUACAUCUCUUCAGCUCCUCAACCUGGUGACUGCCAUUCCUAUAUUCUUUUUUGGCAUUCUUUGCAAUGCUCUGGCCUUAUGGGUUUUCUGCUGCAAAGUGAAGACCAGGACUGAUACUACUGUGUACAUGAUUAACUUAAUAAUAUCAGAUAUCAUGGUCUUGUUGACUUUUCCCUUCAGGAUGUAUGCCUACAUGCACUCGUGGGACCUAGGAAGUGAGACCUGCAAAGCACUUCUAACCUUGUACUACAUAAAUAGGUACAUGAGUAUAUUUAUCAUCACUGCAAUAGCUUUUGAUCGCUACAUUGCAAUCAGACACCCUCUGAAAUUUAAACAUUGGAGGUCCCCAUUGAAAGCAACCAUUGUAUGCUCUGUUUUGUGGUCGGUUUUAACUGCUAUUGGAGUAAUAACUGUUCUACAGAGCAAAGGCUACACAUUGUCUACCUGCUUCCAGAAAGUUACCACUGAGCCACUUAACUUAGCACUUGUCUUUGUUGUAGUUGGUUUCGGUAUUCCAUUGAUUCUACUCAGCUAUUUCUCUGGACACGUUCUAAUAAUUCUCUGCAGUAAAGAAACCUCAGAAGUUUCGGAAAGGCGAACAAUCAGAAAAGCCAUGAACAUAAUAAUCUCCAACUUAGUGGUGUUUGUGAUCUGUUUCUUACCAAUCCAUGUGGGGUACACCAUACGUUUUGUUACAGACUCUCUCAACUCUUCUUGCCUUAUGCGAGAGCGGGUUAAUGUUUACAUCCAUGUGGCGACUUUGUUAGCCAACUCAAAUUGUGUACUGGACAGUGUGUGCUAUUUCUUUGUGGCAAGUGAAUUCUGGGAAAGCAUGUUUGCAGAAUGA